AUGAUUGUAACCUUCUCACCCAAACAGAGACAGUUGGCUGAGGCAGUCACCACUACCACCCAGCAGGAGCCAGUGGAGACAGAGGAGGUAUACAAAUACCUGGGAACAGCCUUCGACAACCUGCUAAGAUUUUCCUCUAACACAGAGGAAAUCCUUAAAAAGUGCCAUCAGAGACACUGGUUCCACUCCAGCACCCUGCAAAACAGGAACCACCUGUUGAGUGUGGUUAAGGUCAUUGAGCUUCCCGUCAGAACUCUUACUGCCCUAUGUGACCAACAGACUGUGACCGGCUACAUCUUCUUCACCAACAUGUACGUCAGCAUCUUCCUGCUCUGCUGCAUCUCCUGCGACCGCUACGUGGCGAUCGCCUACAGCGUGGAGUCCCGCGGCGUUCGCCGCCAACGCCUCGCCGUGCUCAUCGCGCUCGCCAUCGUGCUGCUGGUCGCGGUCGGCCACGUGCCGGUGUUCACCAUGCCGGAGGGCAACGCCCAGAUCUCCGGGAAACGCUGCUUCGAGCCGAGCCAGAGCAGCACCACCGUGACGGGCUUCUACUACGCUCGCGUCACGAUCGGCUUCCUGCUGCCGCUGAUCGUGCUCGUGGCGAGCAACCGCGGCAUCCUGGCGAGCGUGCAGCACAGCACGGGUCUACGGCGCGAGCAGAAGCAGCGCGUCCGCUGGCUGGCGACCGCCGUGGUGGUUCUGUUCCUGGUCUGCUUCGCGCCGUACCACGCCGUGCUGCUGGCCCGCGCCGUCAUGUUCCACUUCCCGGCGCUGCGGGCCGGCUGCCUGCUGGAGAGGGUCAUGUACACGCCCUACACCGUCUCGCUGGGCCUGUCCACCGUCAACAGCGCCGUCAACCCCAUCCUCUACGUGCUGUCCAGCGACAACAUCCGCAAAGAGCUGCGCCAUGGCGUGGCGCAGCUCUGCACCCGGGCCGGCAGCUCGCAGCGCUCCGACAGCAGCCAGAACAAGAACCAGCCCACCAGGGUCUCGUCUGAGGUCAACGGGGCCACAGACAGCCAGAAACCCCCCGGAGGGGAGUCCACAGCGGUCUGACCACACCCCCAGGGGUCUGGUCACGCCCCCAGGGGUCUGACCACACCCCCAUGGGUCUGGUCACGCCCCCAGGGGUCUGACCACACCCCCAUGGGUCUGGUCACGCCCCCAGGUACCUGACCACACCCCCAGAGAUAUGGACACACCUACAGGUACCUGACCACGCCCCCAGAGAUAUGGACACACCUACAGGUACCUGACCACACCCCCAGAGAUAUGGACACACCUACAGGUACCUGACCACACACCUACAGGUACCUGACCACGCCCCCAGAGAUAUGGACACACCUACAGGUACCUGACCACACCCCCAGAGAUAUGGACACACCUACAGGUACCUGACCACGCCCCCAGAGAUAUGGACACACCUACAGGUACCUGACCACACCCCCAGAGAUAUGGACACACCUACAGGUACCUGACCACGCCCCCAGAGAUAUGGACACACCUACAGGUACCUGACCACACCCCCAGAGAUAUGGACACACCUAUAGGUACCUGACCACACCACCAGAGAUAUGGACACACCUACAGGUACCUGACCACACCCCCAGAGAUAUGGACACACCUACAGAUACCUGACCACACCACCAGAGAUAUGGACACACCUACAGGUACCUGACCACACCCCCAGAGAUAUGGACACACCUACAGGUACCUGACCACACCACCAGAGAUAUGGACACACCUACAGGUACCUGACCACACACCUACAGGUACCUGACCACGCCCCCAGAGAUAUGGACACACCUACAGGUACCUGACCACACCCCCAGAGAUAUGGACACACCUACAGGUACCUGACCACGCCCCCAGAGAUAUGGACACACCUACAGGUACCUGACCACACCCCCAGAGAUAUGGACACACCUACAGAUACCUGACCACACCCCCAGAGAUAUGGACACACCUACAGGUACCUGACCACACCCCCAGAGAUAUGGACACACCUACAGAUACCUGACCACACCCCCAGAGAUAUGGACACACCUACAGGUACCUGACCACACCACCAGAGAUAUGGACACACCUACAGGUACCUGACCACACCACCAGAGAUAUGGACACACCUACAGGUACCUGACCACACCACCAGAGAUAUGGACACACCCCCAUGUACCUGACCACGCUUCCAGAGACAUGGACACGCCUCCAGGAAGUGCGCUGGGCUUUAAAGCGUCCAAUCAGACGGUUGGUUGUGGCUAGAAUGGAUACAGAUGCUUCUUCAGGGUGGAGGGGGAGUGAUUUGGACGCUGAAAGGAGGCUGGUUGCUGGCCAGCAGAGGCUGCACUGCACUGUUAUCUUUCUUUCACCUUUCUCUUUCUUUAAUGUGAAAUGCUGUUUGAAUAUCAGAGAUGGAAACACAUUCCUGCCCUGGCUCUGUUGUGACCGAUCACGCAAAAUAGCUAAUUUUUUCGUUUUCAUAUUGGGGGCUUCUGGGAAAUGGGUCAGUGUAACUCAUCAGUUCAAUUCUCUAAGCACAAACGGACAGUUGGAAAAAUAGAAAAAUGGGUUCA